AUGCGCCUUGUUGGCCGUCUUCCUGGUCUACGUCCUCAUCGCCUCCCCACUCUAUUCAGUUUUGGUACAACAUCGUCCUGCCAGCUCCAUGGCUCUACCACUCACUUCCACCCGCGCGACGAAAAUGCCACGGAAGUCUUUCCGGAAAGUCUGCAGAAGACGCUGGAAGCUCAUCGUGCCUCCAACCGAGCCAGUCUGUUUCGCGUGGUGAACACCACGGUACCUCCGAAGAACCAUCGCCCAACGACACAGAGAGCGAUCAGAAAACCACCCCAGAAACAAGGGGAGGAACAAAAACAGGUCACGCCGGAAAGUACUCAAAAACCGAGAAUCAGUCGCCGGGAAUUAGAUAGACAAAUCAGGUCUCGGCUCCGAUCUGACUACGAAAAACCACCGGAAUGGGUGAAUCAGCAGUUGCGAUGGAGUGUGAGCCUUCUGCAGAACCGACCAGAACAAUGGCCAUGGCUCAGCUAUCAUGCUGAGGCUCACACAUCCGAUGCUAUGGCCCAGCUAAAUGCUGAAAUUCGAGCCUUGGACGCCUAUCUGACGCCAACUUCGGAUGAACAAAACGGAGUGGAUGGACUAGUGAGCACAGUCUCGAAGCUCCUCGAAGACGUCCCUCAUAGGCCCCAGUUGGCUGGCUCCUGGCGGACGGGUGUCGCGUCGACUCAUUCAGACCUCGACUUCGUCUUGCCAAUACCAGAUAUUGGAUGGUCGAAGGACGACAUCCGUAAACCCAGUUCCACCAGACCUCAAGUUCUAGAAGCCUAUCAUAACCUGCUGGAAAGGGUCCAGCAGACCCUAUGGCAAACCCCCACGUUCAAAGAUAAAACAUUCCUGGUAUACAACCGCAUCCCAGUCCUUUUAGCAAUCCACCACCCAACAGGCAUACGAGUCCGAUUUCAAUGCAAAGAGGGCAUCCCCUCCUCCGUCGAAUACAUCAAUGACUACCUAGCCGAGUACCCCGCCGUGCGCCCCUUAUACAGGACCACCCGUCUCAUCCUCGAAGCACAAGGACUCUUCGGCCCCCACCACUCGUCAAUAGGCACAAACGCCCUCCUAAUGCUCCUCGUCGCCUUCUGCAAAAUGAACCACGGCCGCUUCCAACGCCCACGCAGCCUAGGCGUCCAGCUCCUCGCUUUCCUGCGCAUGUACGGAAUUGACGUAGACCUCGCUGCUAAUGGUGUCGCCGUUGACCCACCAGGUUGGUUCAACGCGGAAUCCGUCCGGAGCGCAGAUAUGAAUUGGUCGUGGCCUGAGGAGACCCCCGCGCAUAUUCGGGGCCAGCGCGCGCUUAUGAAUCUCAAACGGACUGCGGGUUUCAAGGGUAACGAGCCCAUCGCGGACCAUUUGUGUAUUCAGGAUCCGACAAAUUAUAUGAAUGAUUUGGGACGGUUUUGUACCCGGACGAGGGAUAUACAGAAUGUCUGGGCUGCUGCGUAUGCACGAUUGAGAACAGCAUCGGACGAUUGGGAUGCUUCUGGGGGCUCGGUUGGGCAGAGUAUCUUGACUCAUGGUCUGCGUGCCAAUUUCGAGGAUUUCGAGAGGAAGCGUCAUGGUCUCGCUGACAUUCAUGGUCUAGUAUCCUGA